AUGGGUGACUCCAAUACCAGUUUCAAGCCGAAGAUCAACAGUACGGCUCAAGACCCAGUACUUAAAUCGGCUGAAAUUGCUUAUAUGAAGUUGAUAGAACAGAAAAACCGAGAACGCGUACAAAAGUUGCAACAGAUUGCGAAGAAAAACAGAAUCACCGGACUUGCUCUUGGUGGUGGAGUAUUGAGUGUGUAUUUGUACUCGAUAUUCGCCGUCAAACAAGAAACCUUCCUUGACGACUUUGAGGAGCCCGUCAAAGUGCAACAGCCCUAA